UAUUACUCUCUAUAUCUCUAUCUUCUUUCUCUCUCCUAUUACUCCACCUCACGCCAUUACUAUGAAAUUUACAUUUUUACAUUCAGAUUGAAUGAAAUCACUUCACUCUAAUAUAUUUAACAAAUUUAAAUAUAUAAAAAAAGCCAGCUAAAUAAAGCUUCCCUUUUUCAGACACUUAAUUUUUAUUUCAAAAUCUUAUAAUUAAAAAAAAAACUACUUCAUAUAUAUACUUGUAUAAACAAACAAAAAAAACUACCCAUUUCACUCAUUUUUUUCACCCUUCUUCCAACCCUCUUUCUCUCUCAUCACUCUAUCUCUAUUCUCAAACAGUUCUUUCUUCGUAAUAAUCGAUUAUACAAUUAGGUUUGAUUGAAUGAUGGUGUAAAGUAAAGAAAUUUGGUGGGUUUUUUUUGUCAUAUUGUAUAUACAACAAUCAAAGAAAGUUAUAAACUUUGGAGUUGAGCAUGCAAAUUUCUAUUUCCUUGGAAAAAUGACGACACAAACAUUGCAUAAAAAGCAGCAAAUUAAUGAAGAUUCUUCAACAACUGUUUCUAAACCCAAAGAACGCCGUAUUGUCACUUGGACUCAAGAGGAAGAUGAUAUACUAAGAGAGCAAAUAAGUGUACAUGGCACUGAGAAUUGGACGAUUAUUGCAUCAAAAUUUAAGGAUAAAACGACGAGACAGUGUAGAAGAAGAUGGUACACAUAUCUGAAUUCUGAUUUCAAAAAAGGAGGAUGGUCACCUGAAGAAGAUAUGUUGUUAUGUGAGGCCCAAAAGAUAUUUGGCAAUAGAUGGACUGAAAUAGCCAAGGUGGUCUCUGGAAGAACGGAUAAUGCUGUGAAGAACCGAUUCUCCACUUUGUGCAAGAAGAAAGCAAAGCGCGAAGCUUUGGCUAAGGAGAACAGUAACGCAUUCAUGAAUGUGAAUAACAAAAGGAUUUUGAUUGAUAAUGGGUGUCAUUCACAAAUGAUGGUAAAUAUUGCAUCACCACUUAAAAAAUUGAGGAGGGCACAUAUCCCAGAUCCUGCAGAAUGUGAAUUGACAAAGCAGCAUCUGAGACCCCCAUUUGCAGUAUUAGCUCAGAAUAUCCGCAACGUUGAUAAUCAACUAGUUUCUACUACUAAGGACACUUUGAUCAAUGGUGACAAGAUUACAGAAGGAACGUUUCUCAGAAAGGAUGAUCCCAAGGUAGCUGCUUUGAUGCAACAAGCUGAGCUACUUAGCUCUCUCGCACUAAAAGUGAACAUGGAUAACACAGACCAAAGUCUUGAGAAUGCUUGGAAAGUACUACAAAAUUUCUUUUGUAGAAGCAAAGAGAAUGAGGAGGUUACAUAUAAAAUAGCAGACAUGGAUUUGCAGCUUGAUGAUCUCAAAGACUUGUUGGACAGUUUGAGGAGUAGCAAUGAGGGGAUUCAACUACAGAGGUAUCAAAUGAACGUAAAAGGGAAUUUACAAUUUAAGUUAAAUAAAUCAAUACAAAUUGUCUUAUACGAAAUCCUGAGCUUUUGUAGGCAACCUGAUGUAUACGAGUCACCAAGCAGCUCUGAGUACAGUACAGGAUCAACUAACUUUUCCGGCUGUGAUCAAGGAGAACAAUCUCAGGCUGAGAUAUCCACAAUGCAUGAUGAUGUUGGAGUAGUAUCACAGUCACUAAGGAUAUCAGAUAAUGUUUGCGUUGACAGGCCAGAAAACAAGCUCCUCACCUGUGCAAUAACAGAUCAAGAGUAUGAUUCCCCAAUCCAAGUAACUCCUCUAUUCAAAUCUCUAGCAUCUACAAUACCGAGCCCACAGUUUUCAGAAAGUGAGAGGCACUUCCUACUGAAAACACUCGGAAUUGAGUCUCCUUCUCACAACGCAAUCAGCAAUCCUUUGCAAGCACCACCUUGCAGAAAGGCACUUCUGCAAGGCCUUUGAACAACUCUUUUACAUGAACCAUCUUACAACAGAUAACAACCAUCCUUAAUACUGUUGCCAGUUAUAAUAUCCAGAAUUUUUCCGCGGUUUUUCCAGCAAAGCAGCCACAUAGGCCCGAAGUUUUUUUGAGAGGCUUUUUACGAUCUGCAUUUUCCAAAAUCCACCAUAUAUCGCGAAUGUCAUCUUUGUGCCAUACCAACAAAGCAGCAUUCUCUUCUCCAUCAGAUCAAACUAUGCACGGUCUGCAUCCCCUUUAUUCUUUUUUUUACUGUUUUCACCUCUCAGGUUGCCUAAAAGCUUACCUUGGUGAAAAUUAAUUAUAUUGUCUAUGAUGUGUGUCAUUCUUUUGUUUUUAUGGGAGUUUCGAAUUAUGGGUAAUUCGACUUCAUUCCCAGCCAGUUUUUGGCAUUCAUUUGUCUUGUACAGCAACCUGCAACACAUAACUUAGUUUAUCCUAGAGUGUAUAAUCAUUUAUACUUGGGUAUCUCAUCGAUCCCAAAUAGAUAUAAGUUUAAAGGAAGAAGAUUUAUGGAGGAUCUACCAAAAGGAAUGGUAAUUCUCUUUGUUUUUCUUUAUUAUCUUUGUGUGCAGAUAAUAUUAUUAGUAUAGAAUAAGCUUUUGCUCAAGUUUUUCGACUUUCCUCAUUGGAUGUAAUGUAAACUCAAGAUGAUUUGAGUUGAACAAAAGAAAAAAAGGAGUCUGAUUUGUGUGCAAA